UCUGCAAGUGAGUGUUUGUGGAAGAGGAAGAGCUAGAGGAAGAAGUAUCGUUCAGUUCUCAACUUCGUUCGGAUGCCAGCAACGCUAUAAGGAUGCUGAUCGUUUGGUGGAGUUUCCUGCUGAUAGCGGGCGUACUGCAGAACGCCAGUCCAGGUCCUGCUUGCAGGAUAAGCGAGUUUCCAUGUCGUAACGGUCGUUGCGUCCGUCUAAAUGCUUACUGCGACGGACUCGAUGAUUGUGGCGAUCUCUCGGAUGAACCACCUUAUUGCACAGUUUGUAACAGGACUUAUUACGGGGACGUCUCAAAAACCUAUGAUCUGAAGGUGCUCAAACAACCCGACAAUCGUCUACCGUUCCUAUGCCAUCUAACUUUCACUGCCAACGGCCAAAGUCACGGAGAUAUUGUUCAGCUGAUGUUUGAUGAGUUCAAAGUGGGUCGAUACGAGGCGUCCGCGUUGGAUGGAUGUCCUGACGGUUACAUGCAGCUCAGCGAACUGGGUCGACCUUUUACCGGUGGUUCCUGGUGCGGUUCUUCUUCGGGUCCUGCAGCUUACUACAGCGAGACCAGCACCGUGACUGUCAGCAUCAAGUUGUUCCAGAAUCCGCAGCAACCUUUCCAGUUUAGAUUGAGAUACCGGUUUGUGUCUAGAAGGGAAGCCGUCGUUAGAUUCGGUUCACCGUCAGCCCCUCUGGAAAGGGGUCAGGUAGCCCCCGGCACUUACUGUACGCGACAAUUCGAGGAAUGUUACAGGAAACCGUGCAGAUUGCAAUCGCCCAAUUAUCCGGGCAUGUACCCAAGGAACGUGUCGUGCUACUGGAGCCUCAGGCAGAAAAUUGUACCAACCUGCAAGCAUGCCAUGAUCGCAGUACGACAGGAAGCCGCCCACAAAAUGCACAUGAAGAGAUCAAUUAGCGUGGCUGGAUUGAAUAAAACUGCGAGGGCUUUAAGGGCUUGGCGCGAUUGCACUGGAGAAAGAGAUCAUUUGAUCUUUUACGAUGGAGGAAGUACAAAUGAUCCGGUUCUGGCUAAAUAUUGCGGUGGAGAUUGGUUACCGAGGGUUGUGUCUCGUGGACCUGAAAUGCUUGUUGCUUUCCAUUCGUCACCAUUUAGCAUCCCUUUACAUUCACCACCGUCUCACUCCCCGUUGCGUGGUUUCGAGUUGGACGUGGAUGUCAUCUUCGCCGAUUCCGACUCUCUGGACUACUCUCGAGACAGUUUGCGGUGCGAUUUUGACGUGAAUGCUACCAAUCAGGACGGAGAUGAGAUUUGGAGCGGAAGAGGCCGUCGAGGGAGUUUGAUUAGCCCACGGCAUUCACUGCCUCCAAAUACUACAUGCACGUACAAAUUUAGAGGCCAUUUGGGCGAUUUAGUAUGGAUCAGCUUCGUGUCCUAUUCGCAGCGCGCUUUGUUGGUCGGGGAGAACGCCCAGGCUCUAAUAGGUAAUAGCUCGACAGGAGGCACUUGCGCGACGAGGUUAAGAAUCUGGGAUGGCGCUCUGCUGCUGGAAGACAAAUGCGACGAUAGUCCGAAGUUGUGCGAUCACAGCGCAUUGAGCAAUUCCACGAGGAUAACGAGGCCAUGCACUACGUCCGAAAGUUAUUUGUCGACGGGAAGAGCUUUGAUCAUUCAACAUCAUACAGAGGAUGGGACGGCUCUGCAUCCUGCAUCGUUUAAAUUGAAGUAUGAGUUCAUUGAUACGCGCUUGGGCGGAGAACCGUGGCCAGGGAAGGAGCAACCAGGUCCUUGCCACAGGAUCUUUAAAAAUAUGCGGCACGGCGAAAUCAAUGGUCCGAGGAACACUUUCCUGUUCGGACGUGGAGGCGCCAAGGAUUUGCAUUGCGUUUACAGGAUAGAAGCGGGGGUGGACGAGCGCGUCAGACUUGUCCUGAAUAACGCCUCAUUCGGCAUAAGUCCAAGUUGCGAGUCGGUUUCUGAUGCCCACACCGGCAGACCUAGUUGCGAAUAUCUCCCUGGAGGUCGCGUGGCCGAGUUAAGUGUUUGGGAACUGCCCUGGCGCGAUAUCAGAGUUCCCAAAGCUUGCCUCUGCGAUAACUCGUCUUUGUCGAAUAGACCCAUGUCAUUGCUGUCAUCGUCCAGGACGCUCGAGCUGCACUUUACGACCAAAGAUAUGAAUAUUUCUGAAGACUUUACGCUGCUACAUUUCCACGCCACUUUCGAGAUUGUCAGCAUGCCGGAAUGUCCGAGGAAGCAGAGGGUGCGCGGAUACGGAGGAGACGUCCAAUUCGCAAGUCCUCCGAUUGAUAGAAGCGAGUUGCUGUGUUCGGGAAUGCCUUGGUUGGUGGAAUCCAGAUUCAACAGGAGUUUGUUCUUAUUAUCGUGGGGAGCGUUUUUGCCGUUGAGACCAAGACCGGAAGAGCCAAGCAGAUGUCCCACUACUAAUAGAAUCUUGGUGUAUUCGGGGAAACCUCCGAAACUGGUGAGGGCUAUUUGUCCGACUACUCCUGGCGAUCGGCAUCUGGCUGUGCACGUGUUCAGCGAGGAAUGGUGGGGUGAGGAUUCCAUUCAUUACGUGCAGAAACCACCAAACUUUUUGGUUGAAUGGAUUAGCCACGAGCAGGGAGUGGCUGCGUUCAGUUGGUUAGAGAUAUCGAGAUCGCGAUCCUCGCUGCUGCAGCAACUCCAAGUGCCAAUCAACGCCAGUGCCAAUGAUACAGAGUUCGAAUGCAUGCAUAAAUGUCCCGAACUGGAUGCGUGCAUCAGUCCUGAGCUCUGGUGCGAUGGCAAGGAUCACUGUCCAUCCGGUUGGGAUGAAAGCGAAGCCCAAUGCGGAGCCACCUCUAGGUUAUUGACGUCUCUACCUGCCGCCGCUCUUGCCGUCGCCGGAGCCGUAGCAGCUUCCCUCGUCCUGCUGAUCUGCUUAUCCCUGCACCGUUUGAGGGCGAGAAGGCGCCGCAGGCUAGCCAAGAAGAAGCUUCUGACGGGUCCUCGCCUACUUGACCCGGGUCUCAACUCCUGACAUAAGGCACCUCCGCUCCCGGUGGAAUUCAUCCACGUGGACAGAGAAACAACGGUAUGAGAUAGAGUGUCUGUCGGUCCGUCCGUCCCCUUGCUCACCAGAUACCUACAGGUGCCUUCGAAACACAAGCGGGUUGUUGUGACGUACGCCAAUUGCAAUUUUCCACGCUGAACACGCAGAUUCACAAUUCCGUUGAUUUAUUCAUUUUCAUUACGCAACAAAACAAAAUACAUAACAACAAAAAGAAACUAGUAAAUAACGUAUGCGGUCAACUGCAAAAAUUGUGGAUGUCGCGAAGCCAUUCUGCUUGGGCACACAACAUUAAUCACCCGAUGACAAAUCAAUCGAUUACUAUUCAAUCGACUCCCUGUGUCAGACCACCAACCAACCGACCUACACCACCCACCCCCUUCAAACCCCGUUCAAACCAAUUGUGUAAUUUGUAAACUUCAUGAACUCUCACUGUGCGAGGAAACACACGCGUACACAACACACCUACCUACAUUCAUACAU